AUGGCCGAAAAACCGCCGCCCAUGAGUCCGCUCGAUAAGGAGCAAAUGCAAGGUUUGAGGUCCAUCCGCGAAUUCCUGAAGGUUCGCACGAGCUACGACGUUCUUCCCCUAUCGUUUCGGUUGAUCGUCCUCGACACGUCUCUUCUAAUCAAGAAGAGCUUGAACAUCCUGACCCAGAACAAUAUCGUCUCCGCGCCGUUGUGGGACUCCAAAACAUCCACGUUCGCCGGCCUCCUUACCAGCACUGAUUAUAUCAAUGUUAUUCAGUAUUACUGUCAAUUCCCCGACGAGAUUGCUCAGCUCGAUCAGUUCAGGUUAAGCAAUUUGAGAGAUGACGAAACCGGUCGGGAAACGGUCGUCAGUGUUAUCACCCAAUACAGAAUUCUCAAGUUCAUCGCUGUCAACAACGAGCAUAACACUGUCCUUUUAAAGAAGCCUGUGAAAGAUAUAGGCCUUGGGACCUAUAAGAAUCUUGCGACGGCACGCAUGAAUAGCACCGUCCUCGAAGCGGUCCAUAUGAUGGUCGCGAACAACAUCUCUUGCAUACCAAUCGUUGACGAGGAAAACCGACUACUCAACGCGUUCGAAGCUGUGGAUAUAAUACCCUGCAUUAGAGGCAGCGUCUACGAAGACCUGUCAUCAACCCUAGGUGAGGCCUUGUGCAAGCGCUCUGACGACUCUCCUGGCAUCUACAUUUGCACCGAAGACGAUAGGUUAGACGCCAUAUUUGACACUAUCCGCAAGUCUCGCGUACACAGAAUCGUCGUGGUCAACGAUGAUAACCGCCUUGUUGGUGUUAUUUCACUAUCAGAUGUGCUGAAAUACGUGCUGCUCCAUGGAGAAGAGGGAGAUGCGACAUCGUGA